CCGGAAACGUGAUUUACUGAAACACAACAAACAAGAUGGCGGCGACCAAUGCAGAAAGAAACCACGAAACGAGCCAACUGGAGUUCUCUCUGGACGUCCCCUUCCCGUCGCCCCGUGAGGCGGCCAUCGCUCUGCGCUCGCUGUCUCCGGACCGCGAGCCGAGGAAAUCCGGCAUCAGCAAACAUCUGGCGCUGACCGGCAGCACGUUGACCGCGAAGUGGAGCGCAGAUGAAGCUCGAAUCCUCAGAGUGUCGGUAAACUCGUUCAUGGAUCACCUGACGCUUGUGAUGGAGACCAUGGAGAUGUUCGGCCCCCCCGCGACCCAGUGAAGUCACGUGAUCCAGGACCGGUCCUGUCGUUCCAGACUUUAAACACUUUACAUGGACCAAAGAACCCGGCGGCUUGGUUCCGGUUGGGUUCUUGUUCUAACUCCUUUUGUAUAAAACAGAUGUGGUUCCUCGUUUGACCAGCAGAGGGCGCCAGGGGAUUAAAUAUCUCAUCCAGUAACACAAAAUUAAAAUGUGGCAUAAUAAAAACAUGAGCUUUCUUUGUUAAAUUGUGUGAAGACAUUUCUCUAAGUGAGAGAAUAUUAAGCGGAAAGUAAAUGAAACGACUUUGGUCUCCUAUUUUUCACUUAUAAAUGAAUUUCCAGCAGUAAUUUACGAAAGUCAGACAUUUAACUGAAUAAUUAGUUCAACAGAGUUGAAGCACAAACAUUAUUCCUUAAUUUUAACUGUUUAGUCUCGUCUCCUUCCAUAAAGAAUAAUAUGUAUUAAUAAAACAAUGAGUAUUUAA